CCGGCGCCGCUUGCAGGAUCCAAUUUCCGUGAUCCAUCGUGGUUGUUGAUUCUCCAUGUUUACCGCACGCACACUUGCACAGUUGCCGGCCUCUAUGUCGUCACAUCUACUUCUCCACCUGCACACCUUUGCGUGCCCUGGCGUGCCCCUGUGUCACACGCUUCUAGUAUUUAUACUCUACUAGCCCACGCCCUCUAUUUUCGCCGUGCCCUGGCUGAUUUUUCUUACCCGCUAUUCCAUGCUCAUGAAGAUGCUUAA